GGAAGUUCAACAUUUUGAAAAAGUGCAAUUUUGCAAAUCUCUCCAAAAUUUGUAUUAUAUCGCCACAAUGAAGAUUAAUAUAGAUGGCUUACUGGUGUACUUCCCAUAUGAUUACAUCUAUCCUGAACAGUAUCUUUACAUGGUGGAGCUCAAGAAGUCAAUUGAUGCACAGGGCCACUGUGUUGUUGAGAUGCCCUCUGGUACUGGGAAAACAAUAUCUCUUCUUGCGUUAAUCGUAGCCUACCUUCAACAGAAUCCCCUAGAUGUCACUAAGCUUAUUUACUGUACACGUACAAUACUUGAAGUUGACAAGGUUGUUGAAGAGUUGAAAAAUUUGAUGAAUUAUUACGAAAAAGAAACAGGUGUUUACCCGAAUGUACUCAGCUUGGCGCUCUCAUCACGUAAGAAUCUCUGUAUUCACCCACAGCUCCAGGGGAUGCGGGAGGGUAAGGUCAUUGAUGGAAGAUGUUACGGAAUGACCGCCUCUUUUGUUCGUGAAAAACACAAAUAUGAUCCUAACGUACCUGUCUGUGAUUUUUAUGAGGAGUUUGAUGCUCAAGGGAAGGAUAUUCCAAUUCCAUCAGGCAUAUACAGCCUUGAUGAUCUCAAAACAUUUGGUGCAGAGAAAGGGUGGUGUCCUUACUUCCUGGCAAGACAUUCGAUAAACCAUGCCCAGAUUAUAAUCUAUAGCUACUACUACCUGUUAGACCCUAAGAUAGCCCAGGCUGUGUCCAAGGAACUUAGUAAAAACUCAGUCGUUGUAUUUGAUGAGGCUCACAAUAUAGAUAACCAGUGCAUUGAAACCAUGAGUGUUAAGAUCAACAAGCGAACAAUUGAGAAAUCAGAGAAUAGUAUAGAAGCUUUGCAGACAAGUCUAGAGAGGAUCCGCACAGAGGACUCGAGUCGACUUCAGAAUGAAUAUGAGAGACUUGUAGAGGGAUUACGUGAUGCAAAUAUGUCUAGAGAGACUGACGUUGUGCUUGCAAACCCCGUUCUGCCAGAUGAAAUUCUGCAAGAGGCUGUUCCAGGGAAUAUUAGAAAUGGUGAACAUUUUGUGCGAUUUUUAAAAAGAUUUCUGGAGUAUAUUAAAACUCGUCUCAGGAUAUCUCACGUUGUAUCAGAGAGUCCCGCCUCCUUUCUGAAAGAUUGUAAGCAAAAAGUCUGCAUAGAGAGAAAGCCACUUAGAUUUUGUGCUGAGAGAUUGGCCUCAUUGAUGCGAACAUUGGAAUUCUCGGAUGUUUCAGAUUUUUCAUCUCUCACCCUGAUCGCCCAUUUUGCUACUCUAGUCAGCACUUACACAACAGGAUUUAACCUUAUCAUAGAACCAUUUGAUGAUCGCACACCAACGAUUCCCAACCCUGUGUUGCAUUUUGUAUGUCUUGAUGCCUCAAUAGCAAUCAAACCAGUGUUUGAGAGAUUCCAGACCGUGGUCAUAACAUCAGGCACUCUCUCCCCGCUAGACAUGUAUCCCAAGAUUCUAGACUUCCGGCCAGUGAAUAUGGCAUCCUUUACAAUGACUCUAGCAAGACAGUGUAUCUGUCCAAUGAUUGUUAGCAGAGGAAAUGACCAGGUGGCUAUAUCAUCAAAAUUUGAAAGCAGAGAAGACAUAGCUGUGAUACGUAACUAUGGUAACCUGUUAGUGGAACUGUCAGCCUCUGUCCCAGAUGGCGUUGUUGCAUUCUUCACAAGUUAUGUCUACAUGGAGAGUGUUAUAGCAUCUUGGUAUGAACAGGGUAUUAUAGACAACAUCCAGAAGAACAAGCUUCUGUUUAUAGAAACGCAGGAUGCCAUGGAAACCAGCCUUGCCCUUGUUAACUAUCAGAAGGCUUGUGACAAUGGCCGUGGUGCUGUGUUGCUUUCUGUGGCGAGAGGAAAGGUCUCAGAGGGCAUAGAUUUUGAUCACCACUAUGGAAGGUGUGUUGUUAUGUUUGGCGUGCCAUAUGUCUACACGCAGAGUAGGAUCUUAAAGGCCAGACUGGAGUACAUGAGGGAUCACUACAACAUACGGGAGAAUGACUUCCUAACAUUUGAUGCUAUGAGGCAUGCAGCCCAAUGUGUGGGGAGGGCACUAAGGGGGAAAACAGACUAUGGAAUAAUGAUCUUUGCUGAUAAGAGAUUCUCUCGUAUGGACAAAAGGGGGAAACUGCCAAAGUGGAUACAAGAACAUCUAAAAGAUGGCGUCCUAAAUCUCUCAACCGAUGAAGCAGUGCAACUGUCAAAACAUUUCCUCAGGCAGAUGGCCCAGCCUUUUAAACAGGAGGAUCAGUUAGGACUUUCCCUUUUAACAUUGGAGCAGCUCCAGUCUGAGGAUAUGCAGAAAAAAAUUGAAGAAAAAGCUCAACAUGCUGAGUAUGACCUCACUUGACCUCACUUGACCUAAUGAUUAAGUUUGUGUAAUAAUUACUAAUUAGAGCAACUGACUACUGUAAAACAGUGCAGUUAGAACCUGGAUUCAUAAAUGAUGCAGAGUACUCAAAAAACAAAAAUCAGAAUUACUAGUACAUAGUAUAUAGAAAAAGCUUUGCGCUGACUCUGAUCGGGAUCCACCGUGGCCUUAAAAUGUCACAAUGAACUCAGGCACUGGAAAGGAAAGGCAAAAUCAAAGUCAAUAUGAAAAUGAAAAAUGUGAAUCUUGAGACUGCUGUGUAGAGGGCUUGUUGUGAGUAAUGAAAAUGGGAAAUAUUGAACUUUUCCACAUGUGCUUGUAAUGAACAAGCGAUGAAAAAUGUGAAUUA